AUGGCUCCACCAAAGAAAACCGUUAAGAAGAUGGAUCUUACGUCAUUUCUAAAUGAUGACACUUUUGGUUCAUCUUGGGCCGAAGAAGAUGUUGAUUUGAACAAGAUCACUAUUCCUAUCGAGACCGCUAACGCAAAUACUAUCCCAUUGUCUGAAUUGGCGCAUGCUAAAAAUAACAGCAAUAAUAUGCGUUCAGGCGGCUUCGGUGGUAGUUUCGGUGGCAGCGGUGGUAGUUUCGGUGGCAACGGUGGUAGAUCCAGAUUAGACCCUGCCUUAGGGGGCGUUGUUUCCGAUAGAAGAGAGGAAUACCCUGUUCCAGACGCUCCACCAUAUAGAGCUGUCAUCAACAACAUUCCAUGGGAUAUUACCCCAGAAGGUGUUCAAGCUUGGGUUGAAGAUGGUUUAGUCAAGCCUGAAGCUGUCGAGGAAGUUAUUUUACCAAAGAAUUUAAGAGAUCCGACAAGAUUAAAGGGUAAUGCAUUUGUUACUUUGAAAGAAAAAGCUGAUUUAGUUGCCGCCUUGAAAUUCAACGGUACUAAAUUAAAUGAAAGAACUGUUUACGUCUCUGUUGCCGCUCCAAGAAGAAUGGGAGGUGCAGACGUUGACUGGAGUAGUGCUAGAGGCUCCAACUUCCAAGGCGAUGGAAGAGAAGAUGCUCCUGACCUAGAUUGGGGUGCUGCAAGAGGUUCCAACUUCAAAGGUCCAAGGAGAGAGAGGGAGGAAGUUGAUAUUGAUUGGACUGGUGCAAGAGGCUCUAAUUUCCAGAAUUCUUCCAGACCACCAAGAAGAGAAAGAGAAGAAGUUGAUAUUGAUUGGACUGGCGCAAGAGGCUCUAAUUUCCAGAAUUCUUCCAGACCACCCAGAAGAGAAAGAGAAGAAGUUGAUAUUGAUUGGACUGGUGCAAGAGGCUCUAAUUUCCAAAGUUCCUCAAGACCACCAAGAAGAGAAAGAGAAGAACCAGAUAUUGAUUGGGCUGCCGCUAGAGGUUCCAAUUUCCAAAGCUCUUCAAGGCCUCCAAGAAGAGAAAGAGAAAAAGAAGAACCUGCCUUGGACUGGGGUGCUGCUAGAGGUUCUCAAUUUGGUAAGCCUCAGCAGGCCAAGAAUUCCUACAAGGAUAAGACUACGCCUGACAAAAAGACUGCUGAGGAACAACCAAAGAUCCAGAAGUCUACUUAUGAUAUCUUACGUACCGAAGAUGAUGAUGAAGAUGAAGAAGUUGCUGAAAAGCAAAAUGAAGACGCAAAGGAAAACCAUACUGAUGCUGCGGUCGAAAAGAUACAAGAAAAAACCGCUCAAUUGACCGUUGAAGAUGGUGACGAUUGGGAGGUUGUUGGUAAGAAAUAA